CGGACACAGAGAGAGGCACGAGUUGGCCUGUAAGCCUGCGCUGGCUGCUUCUCAGUGUCGGGCACGUAGUGGGAAAGAGCAGGUCCCGAUGCACAAGUCACGGCAGCCCUGGGCGGAGAUGAAGGCGGACUCCGACUGGCUCUGAUUUUUCAAAGCCCUUUUCAUUCAGGAGCUCGCUUGCCCAGGCGGUCAUCGGUAUGGCAGAUCCUUUAUCCCCGGGACCCAACAUUGCAAAAAUGGCGUCACUCAGCCGGGUCCGAGCUUUGGCGAUGAUUUUCUUAACUGUCACUGGCUGCUGUGUCACCCCGACGAGUGGCAAGGAGGGCUCCGAGGAGACCGUCAUCAUCGGGCUCCGGCUGGAGGACACGGACGACAUUUCCUUCAUGGAUAAAGGCUACCUGCGGGUGAGCGAGCGGUCUCGGGUGAAGCUGAGGGUCUAUGGGCAGAAUAUCAACAACGAGACCUGGUCCAAGAUCGCCUUCACGGAGCACGAGCGGAGCCGGGCGGCGGGGGGCUUUGACAGCUCCCCGGGGGACAACCAGAGCCGGGAGGACUCGUCCGGCUCGCAUCCUUGCGGAAUCAGGACUUCGGAUAUAAUCAUAUUGCCCAACAUCAUAUUGAAUCGGAAGACGUCCGGAGUGGUCGAGAUCGAGGUCAAACCCCUGCGGAAGACCGAGAGGAGUAAAGCGUACUACCUUUGCAUCGCCACCUCCACGCCGGCGGCGGCCGGGCUGCACGACCCGUGGACGGAGAACACCUGGAUCUACCACGACGGGGACGACACCAAGGUGAUCGUGGUGGAGGAGAAGAAGUUCCUGCUGCCUUUCUGGCUCCAGGUCAUCUUCAUCUCCAUGCUGCUGUGCCUGUCCGGCAUGUUCAGCGGCUUGAACCUGGGGCUCAUGGCCCUGGACCCCAUGGAGCUCCAGAUCGUCCAGAACUGCGGCACGGAGCGGGAGAAGAACUACGCCAAGAAGAUCGAGCCGGUCCGGAGCCAGGGCAACUACCUGCUCUGCUCGCUCCUGCUCGGGAACGUGCUGGUGAACACCACGCUGACCAUCCUGCUGGACGACAUCGCCGGCUCCGGGCUCAUCGCGGUGGUCAUGUCCACCAUCGGGAUCGUCAUCUUCGGGGAAAUCGUGCCGCAGGCCAUCUGCUCCAGACACGGCCUGGCCGUGGGGGCGAACACCAUCUUCCUCACCAAGUUCUUCAUGCUGCUCACCUUCCCGGCGUCCUACCCGGUGAGCAAGCUGCUGGAUUACCUGCUCGGGCAGGAGAUCGGCACCGUGUACAACCGGGAGAAGCUGCUGGAGAUGCUGCGCGUCACGGACCCGUACAACGACCUGGUGAAGGAGGAGCUGAACAUCAUCCAGGGCGCGCUGGAGCUCCGGACUAAAACCGUGGAGGACGUCAUGACGCCGCUGAGAGACUGCUUCAUGAUGCCGGGCGACACGAUCCUGGACUUCAACACCAUGGCGGAGAUCAUGAGGAGCGGCUACACGCGCAUCCCGGUGUUCGAGGGCGAGAGGUCCAACAUAGUGGAUCUGCUGUUCGUCAAGGACCUGGCCUUCGUGGACCCGGAUGAUUGCACGCCGCUCAAAACCAUCACAAAGUUUUACAGCCACUCGCUGCAUUUUGUGUUUAAUGACACCAAGCUGGACGCGAUGCUGGAGGAGUUUAAAAAAGGAACAUCCCACCUGGCCAUAGUUCAGAGGGUGAACAAUGAAGGCGAGGGAGACCCCUUCUAUGAGGUUCUGGGAAUUGUCACCCUGGAGGACGUUAUUGAAGAAAUAAUCAAGUCAGAGAUCCUGGAUGAGACUGACUUAUACACCGACAACAAGACGAAGAAGAAAAUCACCCAUCGGGACAGGAAGCAGGACUUCUCGGCCUUCAAGCCCACUGACAAUGAAAUGAAGGUUAAAAUAUCACCUCAGCUUCUGCUGGCUGCCCUGCGUUUCCUAGCUACAGAGCUGGAGCCGUUCUUUCCGGCGCAGAUGUCAGAAAAGAUCCUGCUGCGAUUGCUGAAACUCCCCAACGUCAUCCAGGAGCUGAAAUAUGACGCCAAUAACAAGCGGGCAGCAGAGCACUACCUCUUCCACAGGAACAAGCCUGUGGAUUAUUUCAUCCUGAUCCUGCAGGGGAAAGUGGACGUGGAGGCAGGAAAAGAGGAGAUGAAGUUUGAAGCAGGACCGUUCUCCUUCUACGGGAUGAUGGCUCUGACAGCGCCGCCUGUGCCGCUGUCUCUGUCUCGUACGUUCACCGUCAGUAGGGCAGAAUCAUUAGCGGGAUCUCCAGAGAACAAGUCUCCUCCGCGCUCGUUUGGCCUGAACCACUCAGACUCUCUGAACAGGAGCGAUCGCAUCGAGGCCAUCACGCCGACGCUGGGCAACAGCAACAACCAGCUCAACUCCUUGCUUCAUAUGUACGUCCCCGAUUAUUCUGUCAGAGCGAGGUCGGACCUGCGGUACAUCAAGGUGACGCGCCAGCAGUACCACAACGCGGUGAUGGCGUCACGGAUGGACAAGACCCCCCAGUCCACAGACAGCGAGCUCACCAAGAUCGAGCUCACGCUGACGGAGUUCCACGACGGCGUGGAGAUCCCGGCCAUCGUCACCACCACGGCCAGCACCACGAGCACCUCCCCCGCCGUGGCCGUCGCCACGGCCAACGAGACGUCCCACCUGCUGAACCAGCAGCAGAACUGUGUGGGCCUGAGCCGGAGCAACCACAGCGCCCACAACGAGGGACCCAUGUAGCCCUCAACCCCCCCUCCCCCCGCUGUGGCCGGUGGAGACCCUCCACCUUGUCCCCUGGACACGCAUGGAGCAGUGGCGUCGGGCGAAGAGGGAAAGUGGGCGGAAUCAGGGUUCUGCUCCGACCCGAAGCCCCGGUUCAGUCAGUGAGACGUUUCCGCUGCAGGGGUCGAUGGCAGCAGCGGGGCCGACGGGUCACCGGAACACCCCCCCCCUCCCCCCCGCUGCGCUGACGGGACCAGCGAAACGAGUUUUUCAACGGACUGGAGGGCGACGGAGUGCAGGUCCGCUCGCAACACGGUGCAAAGCUCGCUGGACUUUCUCCUCAGGCCAAAGACUUUGGUCCCGCCCCCAUCCCGCCGUCCUCCUCCGUCCCGUCACUGUGAAGCGAACCCUCCACGCCGGCGCUUCCUGCAGGGAGGCUCAGGCGACUGCUGGUCCAAUCAGACUCACACACAGAGCGACGGCCCGUCACAGACUGCACCAAAAUAAACCGCUAAACCGAGAACCAAGAAUGUUUUGUUUGUUUUCUUGUAUUUAUUUAUUUUAUAAUAUUGUUUGUAUAUAUGUACACGUGGAGAAGUGAAAAAUAAACUAAGAGCAUGCCUCCCCAGAACAUGCUACAUAUAUGAACACCCGCUCAUGUACAUGAGGAGGUGAGAGUCUUUUACAGAAACACUAUUAGAUCUUAUUAUUUUUACUAUUAUCCUAAAUCAGGCUCAUAGUGUCUUUUUCACCUUUUAAAAGAAAAAACAAAACAAAAAAAAACAAAUCACACUAUUGCCUUGGAGAGAAAUUCUAUGAUUAGUUACUUUAACAAAGUGCAAUGAACAAUGAUUUAUUUAAGAGAUGAUUAUAAAAGAUAAUUCAGUGUAUUCUAAGUCGGCAGAUGUAUUUGUAUGUUUGUGCCGUGUGCAAACCGGUAUUUGUCUUUUUGAGACGCGCUCAGCUGCGUCUCGUCCUCUUUGUCUGUGUCGCGUUUUUGACCUGGAGCUCGUCCGGCUCAGGCGGCGCCUUCACCAGUGACUGCGGCGUAGUUUGGGUGGGGGAGGGAGUGAAAGUGCCAACCAACAAAGGAAUCUAUGCAUGUGAGGUUAACGUGUUUUUUAUGCCUUUAGUUCAAUCGAACGUGAGAAUUGCACAGUAUUAAUGACCUCGUCCUAACACGUCAGAAAGAGCAACCUCGACUUUAAAUGAUGCACAGCUAAUGCUUCUCCACUGUUUUGCUUAUAAAUGUCUGUUUUUUUUUAUUAUUCUUUUUUUUUUAGCUGAUUUGGACACCAGGCUGUCUCAUUGUUUUGGCUUCCCUGCUGAUUGUAAUUAACAACCCCAAGCUUAAUAGUUAUUGACUUGAUCCGAUUUUAAGAUGUUCUUCAACAAUGCUGGCUGCUAUUAAAGAGACGUAUUUAUACAUCA